GGCGCUGCCCCGGCCCGGCCGCGCUCCGGAAGCGGCGCGGGGGACGCGGAGCCGGCGCUGGCUAUUGCAGAAUGACCCUACAUUGAGCCUUUGUGGAAGAACCAAGAUUUAAACAUCAGUUCUUCAAUGUGCAUCCUUCUAUUCAAGUUUGACCCCCGCCCAGCUUCAAAAAAUGCGUACAGGCUCAUUCUAGCAGCUAAUAGAGAUGAAUUUUACCACAGACCAUCCAAAUCGGCCGAGUUUUGGGACAGUAGCAAUGAGAUCCUCAGUGGUCUGGAUAUGGAGGAAGGAAAAGAAGGUGGGACAUGGCUGGGAAUCAGUAAAAAAGGCAAGAUGGCAGCCCUGACAAACUAUAUGCAGCCAAAGAUUGAUAAAAAUGCAAAAGGAAGAGGUGCUCUUGUAACAAACUUCCUGACUGCAGAUCUGGACAGCUACUCUUACUUGAAGAAAGUUUCAGCAGAGGGACAUCUUUACAAUGGAUUUAAUUUGUUAGCAGCUGACUUGAAUACCACCAAAGGAGACGUAAUUUGCUACUAUGGAAACAAAGGAGAACCAGAACCUGUUUUCCUAAAUGCUGGAAUAUAUGGAUUGAGUAAUUCUUUGUUGGAUACACCAUGGAAGAAGCUUCAAUAUGGGAAGCAGCUUUUCACAGAAGUGGUGAAGAGAAGUCAAGACCUUACCAAAGAAGACUUGGUGAAGGAGCUUCUUACAGUGAUGAAUAAUCAGGAGCCUCAGUUACCAGACCCUGCAAUUGAGGACCAAGGGAAGGAAUAUAUCCGUCCUGUCCUCAGCAAGUACGCAGCUGUGUGUGUCCGCUGCCCAGGCUAUGGAACAAGGACAAACACCGUGGUGCUCAUCGACGCCCAGGGCCGCGUGACGUUCACCGAGCGCAACAUGAUCGACGCCGACCUCGACCAGUGGCAAACGAGCACCUACGAAUUCCAGCUGCACUGCUGACAACCACCCACCUGAAUGGUUUGUAAUAACAGCAGGGACAGAACAAGCCAUUAAGCUCUAGUAAAUGUUUUGUGCCAGCCUCCACAAGCUAAAAAUAGCAAGGCCAGCAAAAGUUUAAAUAAACCGGUAGCACACCCGGAUCAGGCUCUCAAAGUCUUUGGAUAGAACCAGAUGAAAACACUGGGUUUACAUUAAGUAGCAACUUACAAUCAGAAAUAUUUUUUAAUAUCACCCUGCCUUCAGGACGAGGCCAUCUUUGCCCAGGACAAAGUCAUUGCUUUUUGUGUGGGGUAUUUUAAAGAUGCUUUAAAUAGACUUAAACAUGUUUUCAGUUCUGAGGGGGGGGGAAACAUUUGCUGCUUUUAUUGUUAAUAUAUGAAGGUUUUACCAAACUUUGCUUUUCCUUCAACAUAUGCUGUUAAGAUUGUCCAGCUGAUGCCAGUGUGCAUUAAAUGAAUGUAUGUUCUCCUGGGAGCAUUAAGUGCUUUAGUCCCAUGUCAGCCUCUCAGCAGUGCCAUGGUGCACUGUUCUGCCUGGGGAGGGCAGAGCAGGGGGAUUCUUUACAUUUGUUUUCCUCUAGAUAGUACAGCAAUAUAUCUUAUUUCUAAAACUUGGUCUAAGGGUAGGUAGGAAGUUUUGCUCAGUCUCUGUUCACUUUUACUGAAAGAAUCACGGGAGCAGACUUGCCUACCUUUGACAGGAAUAAAACUAUUGGUGUUGUGACAUCUUGUUUCCUGAUAGUCUAACUAGCAAUAUUGAUUUUGAUAUUUUCUUCCCCAGCAGGCAGGUAAGGAAGCAAAUAGAAGCUGAAUAUGAGGUUUACAUAUAUCAGCUGUUUUGUACAUAUGCAAUUUUGGCUUCAAUAUUGGUAUAAUAUGUUAAAACCUGGAGUGACUGAUCAUAGAUUUUUAGUAAAAAUAGCUGUUUGUUGUAAGGUGACAUUAUUGCACUCUUAUAUUGCUGAAAAAGUUGGGUAUUAAGAUGUACUUCCUAUGUUCUAACACCUGUGAAUUAAAAAGCUAUUUAAAUGCA